AUGGAGUUCCAACCUCUCUUAAUCCCCCCUCCCCACUUCCCAGCAGCCUCAGGCAUCAUGGCGCUGCACGGCUCUGGGUUUGGUGUGAAGUGGGGCGUGUGGUAUGCUACUGUAUGGUAUGCUACUGUAUGGUAUGCUACUGUAUGGUAUGCUACUGUAUGGUAUGCUACUGUAUGGUAUGCUACUGUAUGGUAUGCUACUGUAUGGUAUGCUACUGUAUGGUAUGCUACUGUAUGGUAUGCUACUGUAUGGUAUGCUAGUGUAUGGUAUGCUACCGAAUGGUGUGCUACUGUAUGGUAUGAUACUGUAUGGUAUGCUACUGUAUGGUAUGCUACUGUAUGGUAUGCUACUGUAUGGUAUGCUACUGUAUGGUAUGCUACUGUAUGGUAUGCUACUGGAUGGUAUGCUACUUUAUGGUAUGCUAUUGUAUGGUAUGCUACCGAAUGGUAUGCUACUGUAUGGUAUGCUACUGUAUGGUAUGAUACUGUAUGGUAUGCUACUGUAUGGUAUGCUACUGUAUGGUAUGCUACUGUAUGGUAUGCUACUGUAUGGUAUGCUACUGUAUGGUAUGCUACUGUAUGGUAUGCUACUGUAUGGUAUGCUACUGUAUGGUAUGCUAGUGCUACUGUAGGACAUGCUACUGUAUGGUAUGCUACUGAAUGGUGUGCUACUGUAUGGUAUGUUACUGUAUGGUAUGCUACUGUAUGGUAUGCUACUUUAUGGUAUGAUACUGUAUGGUAUGCUACUGUAUGGUAUGUUACUGUAUGGUAUGCUACUGUAUGGUAUGCUACUGUAUGGUAUGCUACUGUAUGGUAUGCUACUGUAUGGUAUGCUACGUAUGCUACUGUAUGGUAUGCUACCGUAGCGUAUGCUACUUUAUGGUAUGAUACUGUAUGGUAUGCUACUGUAUGGUAUGCUACUGUAUGGUAUGCAACCGUAUGGUAUGGUACUGUAUGGUAUGCUACUGUAUGGUAUGCUACUGUAUGGUAUGUUACUGUAUGGUAUGUUACUGUAUGGUAUGCUACUGUAUGA